AUGAGUAAUUUUCUACGACAAGUCAAAAUAACUCAACCGCAACUAGCCACUUUUUUGCAACACCAAUGUCGAGCUGAAGCUUCAACAGCAUCAAGUACUGGUGUUACCCAGAGCGGCUCAAUUGUUUUAGAUAAUCGCAAAGCGCCGCCACCAUUGGAUGCCGACCGCAUGCGCAUGCAUCCGCGUAUUGGCAACCGUGAAAUAGUUGGAUAUGGUUUGAAGGGUAAACCCGAAUAUUUCGAUUUGGCGAUGUUUCCUUGUCCAAGUAUUCGUUGGGAAGCGGACACUGCUGAAAUAACUGCAUUAAGAAAGAAAGAACAAGGUGACUGGAAACAAUUAUCCGUCGACGAGAAGAAACGAUUAUAUCGAGCAAGUUUCCGGCAAACAUUCGAAGAAUUUUGUGCACCAAGUGGUGUGUGGAAAUGGGCGAUCGGAUGGACACUUAUUGGAAUUGCCGGUUUGACUUUCGCUUACGAUGGAUGGCGACGUAUUUGUUACCGUUUUGAUAAGCCAGAUAGUAUGGCAGACGAGAAGUUGAAACGCCAAUUGGAAUUUCAUAUUGCUGCUCGUCAAGGUCCUAUGACUGGACUAGCAUCCAAAUGGGAUUAUGAAACCGAAAUGUUUUCAACAAAGUUGAAAUCUUGCCUCAUUCUCAUACUUCUUAUUCAUUGUUGUUCAACGAAUGAAGAUGUAUACAAGGAAGAACUGUACAUCCGUCCAUUAGCUAGUGGCCACACAUACUUUAAUCUUCUGUUCACAACUGUUGCCUCGCCCGACAUUCUCAAAUCUAAUAUUGUUCAUCAUUAUCAUCUUUUUCCAAAAGUUAUCGCUGAUAUCGUUCGUUCAAAUGGUGUUAGUGAAUUCCAUGUUUCGUUAACACAAGGCCUAUGGAGAUAUGACCGAUGGGGCAUGCCGAUCGUCGGUGCGCCGCCAGGAGCAGAAGUUUGGGCAUGGUUCAAGUCAGAUGAACAGAGAGAUGUGGCAUCUCGCUGGACUUCAUUCGCACAUGAAUUGGGUGGUUUGUUAUGUGCUUCACUUAAUUUCGUUGCUUCGAAUGUUAGUUCAAGUUCACCGUACUAUUCCUUUCGACCUCAAUCAACAUUACCGAAAUCAAACGGUGCUAAUUUAGAUAAUUCUCUUCUUCGAUAUGCAGCUUUGCCACGAGAAAUCGUUUGUACUGAAAACUUAACGCCAUGGAAAAAGCUAUUGCCCUGCGUUGCUGGUGGUUCGAAUCAUAACGGUCUUGCAGGAUUACUUGACAAUGCUCCGAAACUAUAUAAUAGCGAUUAUCAUUCACUUCGAAUGGAUUUUCGACAAAUAUGUGCUAAUACUGCAUGUACAUCUACUCAACUGGAGUUAUCCAUGGCAUUAGCGAUCGUGGUCAAUACAGCAACAUCAAAACCAAACUAUAAUGAAUGGACAUUUCGUUCUGUUUUCGGAUCGAAUGUUGCUCAAUCGUGUCCACUUAGUUCACUCACGAAUGUUUAUGUUGAUCUGCAAUUAUCCUCUACGCAUUCGUUAAACAUCACUCCCGAACCAGAUUAUUCAAUCAAACAAGGAACUACACCAAUUGUCAUCUAUGAUUUGAAUAGCGACCAACGAAAAAGUACAACUUUCGCUAUGAGCUGUACGCAUAGUAAACAACCGACAUCAAAUACUGACAGUUCGUCUCCUCCGAUUGUCGUGCAUCGGUAUGCCACAGGCUAUGGCGUUCGUGAUGGUGGUAUCAAAACUGUGAUAAAAAUCAAUGAAGAACAAAAUAAGAAUCAGAUAACUCUACUCUAUUUCGAACAAAUUCCUUGGUAUUUCCGUGUCUUUCUUCACACGCUCAAAAUAACAACUCUCGACGAUGACACAACCGAAAUCAAACCAGAUUAUAUAUCAUACACUCCAGGUAAAGAUCGCGAGAGAUCUUAUCAAUUAGAAAUAGUGAUCAAAACGGAUCAAUCAAUAGUAAUUAGUUUCGAAUUCGAAAUGGCUUUUCUUAAAUGGAACGAGUUCCCACCGGAUCCCAAUCAUGGAUUUUAUAUUCCGAGUGCUGUGAUUUCCACUCUUCUCCCUUCAAAAUCAAACUACAUUCUUCGAUCGUUGAAUUCAUUUUCUUUGAAUCAAAGUCUUUCAUCGUGGUCUGAUGGCUUCGUCCGCUUGUACUCGGAAUCUUUACUAGUAAAUCUUCCAACACCAGACUUUAGUAUGCCGUUCAACGUUAUCUGUUUGGGAUGUACAGCCGUCGCUCUCGCUUUCGGUGGUUUACACAAUUUAACUACCAAAGAAUUUUGCUUCGGUCCAAAACGUGCUCAAACUCCACUUCGACAACGUUUGCAAGAUUUACGAGUUCGUCUCAUGGCUUCUCGUCGUGCUCUUGCACAACGUCUUUUCAAGCGAACACCACCACAACAACAAAGACACGAGCAUGCCGAAUAA